UCCCCCCUCCCCUUGCAUCGGCUUCUCUGAGCUCGCCCCAGGGGACGCAGCUUCUCCCGCUCUUCCCUUGUAACUUGGAUUUAAACCCCCGGGAGCUGCUCCUCACCCUGCAGCCUGUCCCUCGGGUCGCUGUUUUCUCCUCUCCCCCGUCCCGUGCCCUGUUUGACCCCUAGAUUUCCAGCCCACCCACCCACACUAGAAGCAAAAGGCCGAGCUUUCGGCUGCCCCCGGCGUGUUGUUUGGCCCCUGUAUGCUCAGGCAGGAAUUCCUCCUCCUCCCACAGGUGGCAGGUUUUAGGGGUGGUGGACAAAGAGUUAAUCCUGGGCUGACUGGUCCCUGUUUGAACUCCCUUUGGAGCCUGCCAGGUGGCCAUCCGAGCCUGCUGCAACUGCUGCUUUUUAAAUUUUGUUUUAUUCUUUUCUUUUAUACGUCAGUAGCAGUGGGCUAUGGAGAUCCUCGCUUGCUGAGGACUCACCCAUCUCCCCUCCCACCCCCUAAGGGGCGGUGAUAGCAGUUGAGAGGUGGAAAAGGAUGCCAAGAAAGCUGUUGUUGCCUUACAAAUCUGUUUUUUCUCACUUUCGAGCUCCAAGGGGUUUGCAUGAUUCCUUGGCAAUGAAUGCAGCCAAAAGUGGCUACCGGGUCUUCUCGGCGAAUUCCACAGCAGCCUGCACCGAGCUGGCAAAGACGAUCACAGAGCGUCUUGGUGUUGAGUUGGGAAAAUCUGCAGUGUACCAGGAAACCAAUGGAGAAACAAGAGUUGAAAUAAAAGAAUCUGUCCGGGGCCAAGAUAUCUUCAUUAUACAGACAAUACCCAGAGAUGUGAACACUGCUGUAAUGGAAUUGUUGAUAAUGGCUUAUGCACUGAAGACUUCCUGCGCCAGGAAUAUUAUUGGGGUCAUCCCUUACUUCCCCUAUAGCAAACAAAGCAAAAUGAGGAAGAGGGGCUCCAUAGUCUGCAAACUGCUAGCUUCUAUGCUGGCCAAAGCAGGUUUAACACACAUUAUCACUAUGGAUCUUCAUCAAAAGGAAAUCCAAGGCUUCUUCAGCUUUCCAGUAGACAACUUAAGGGCAUCCCCUUUCUUGCUUCAGUAUAUACAGGAAGAAAUUCCAGAUUACAGAAAUGCAGUUAUUGUGGCCAAAUCCCCUGAUGCAGCGAAAAGGGCUCAGUCUUAUGCCGAGAGACUGCGUCUGGGACUAGCAGUGAUCCAUGGAGAGGCUCAGUGUACGGAGCAGGACAUGGAUGACGGCCGCCACUCUCCCCCAACUGUCAAAAAUGCCACUGUGCACUCUGGCCUAGAGCUGCCCUUGAUGAUGGCCAAAGAGAAGCCACCAAUAACUGUAGUCGGAGAUGUUGGGGGAAGAAUCGCCAUCAUUGUGGAUGAUAUUAUUGAUGAUGUGGAAAGCUUUGUAGCAGCUGCAGAAAUCCUGAAAGAGCGUGGUGCUUACAAGAUUUUUGUGAUGGCCACUCAUGGACUCUUAUCUGCAGAUGCUCCCCGUCUAAUUGAGGAAUCCGCAGUGGAUGAGGUGGUGGUGACCAACACAGUUCCUCAUGAAGUUCAGAAGCUGCAGUGCCCCAAGAUAAAGACUGUGGAUAUCAGUUUGAUCCUCUCUGAAGCCAUCCGACGAAUCCACAAUGGGGAGUCCAUGGCUUAUCUCUUCCGCAACAUCACCGUGGAUGACUAGAUUGCAAUGUUGCCCUUGUCCUGGGUUUCCUGAAGAGAAGGGAGAAGGAAAUGUGCAUGAAAAUGCAAUGCCAUAAAUUAUAGACAUAACACAACUGUUUCUUCUGCUAGGGGGAGGGUGUAGGAUGUUUAAGGACUGAAGUCACGAGAUUGAAUAGCAAAAGUAAAAUUGAACAGCCCUGAUACCUGCAGCCUCUUCUGUUCACCUUGCAGGGAGGAUUACAUUUUAGUUCUGAUCAGGAAAUAGAGAGGCUUUGAAUUGUAAGUAAAAGUUGCCUGAAAGCUAUUUAGUGUCGGCCUCUCGCCCUUUAAAACAAAGCUGUAGUCUCAUGAGAGGGGGAAUCUGGAAGUCUUGUUGCUGCACAUGGACUGAUGAAGUAAAGAUGGUGAUGCUGUUUCUAGUCUAUGGAUUGACUAUAGAAUACAGAAGGGAACACUUCAUUUUAGCUGUCUGGGCAGGUAGGGUGCUGCCUGUAGUGUUGAUGUGCAGAAAACCCCCGUGCCAACUUUUGUAGCCUUUUCUAAUUUCAUUUAUUCAGCAUAGGUUUAUUUUUAUAAAAUUAUUGGCUGUAAGUAUAUUCAACAGUGGCAGCCUAGAAUGACCCAGUGGCAGUUAAAUCCUUAAAUUAGAUUUGUGGGUGUUUAUAACAUAUAUUUAUCUCAGCAGGAGUGGGAACAUAGUACUAGAAUAUGUCAACCUUUAUCUCUAGAGCCUUGGAUUCUUGUCACUACUCCGUGGCAAGUAAUGUGAGUUUGAUCCUUGUUGGAACACUUGUCUACAUUGUCUAAAUUAAGCACAAUUUGUGAUUUUUUGGCUGUUGGCUCAGAAGUUGCCUGGGUUUGAUAUACCCUGGCAGAAUUGUAUGGGGGAAACUUUGCACGUCUGCCUCAGAGAUGGCUAUACUUUCUGAAACGCUAAUGUUCAAGCAGCUAAAAAGCAUAGGAUGUUUAUUUUGGACCUUUUCCCUGUGGACAGCUGCCAUUUUGGUCUGUUGUUGUAAAUAGGUUAAAUACAUUGACGGGGCAGCCCUGUAAAGUAAAAGAAAAUGUAGAUGCUUUAAACCUGUUUUCUGAAACACCCAUUGAACUCCUGCCUCUAGAUAGAGAGGCCUUGUUGCUUGCUCCUUUUCCAAGUGACACACAACCUUGGCUCUUGGCAAGGAGUGUAUGGCUGGGAAAGCAAUCCUAGUGAAUUGUGAUGAGUGUUGCUGGGCUGUAAUAAGAUCCAAGGGCAUAUUCCAAAAACAUCUGCCAUGUAGGAGGACAGGACAAUAUGCACGCCACCAAAACCUAGAAUAUUUUCAACUUGGCUCUGUGAUCAGUAGUUUGAGGCUAUUGCUUGGGAGAGGACAGUGCAGAUUGAUUGCUUUGUCCAGCAGGGGUUUGUUUAUAGUAUUACUUGCCCUUCAACUUCUACCUACAUAUUUCAGUCCCACUUCAAUGUACAACAAAUUCUAAAAGUGUCAAAGAGCAUGUGUUUAUGCUGGGAGUCCAGGAAGAACCUUGAAUGUUCAGCAAACAAAAGGUCCUCAGUAGAGUGAAGUGCAUGUUAUAGAACUAGCUUCCUAUCUCAUAGCCACUGAGCGUGUAUGGAAUAUGGAUUCAGGAGCACCUUGCCUUCUCUCUGGAAUCCAGUGCUGAUCUGUACCUCCAGACUGAAUCUUCUUGUAAGCAAUAUACGGGACUGUUCUUAAUUUAGUGACUUUGUUCACUAAGUAUUAGAAAAAGUCACAGCUAUACUCCAUUACCAUGACUUUAUGUAUGUGGCUCCUCAUGGCUGCUAGCAGUUAUAUUUUAACAUGGUACCAUACUUUAAGUAUUACUGAAGGGACUGACUGACAAGCAUGUAUGUGAAGAAAUCAUAAAUACUCAUGUCCCGUUCUUAAUUAGUGCUAGGCUACAACUGUUCCUCAUGAUAGCCAGUUUUACAAACAUGAAAACUUCCUCUCCUCAUAUCCCCUUUUAAUUACUUUAAGGUAGACCCUACCCUGGGUGAAGUGGCCCAGUUCAUUAGUCGGCUGCCCUCACCUCAGAUUUGUCUCUGUUCAAAUCUUGUGGGACACAAGUCAGAAUGAAUUUGGUUGGGCCAUAGUCAUAAAUCGGUCACAUCAUAAAAUCCCAACCAGUUUGGCCCAAUUGGCAGCCUGUGCUCGCAAGGCCCAGAAUUGCAAUAUGAGAGAUUGCAGAUGAAGGUGAAAAUGCAUCAGAAGAGCUGUGUGGAAGCUUGCAGGGCAUCUGCCUGAACUAUAGCUGGCUUGGCAUUGAACUUAACUGAGUCUUUCUUUUUUUUCCUUAAUUUCAUGGAAUCCAGCCCUGGUGGCUGCCAUCAUUACAGGAUGUGCUGUCAGGUUUUUUUAGAUGAAGGCCUCUCCCACCCAGUUUCCUCUGCCUUAUGAAAGACUUGAUUAUCAUUAUGGCUUUGCCAGUUAUCAGAGUACGGGUUUAGGGGGCCUGGUAGGAUUUAGUUUCUUAUAGCAGUGGUGCCAUUCAGAAAGUCUUGGUCUAUCUGCCCAUGUCAUCUUUAUUCCCAUUCCAUCUCCCAUUUCCUGUGUUCUCCCUCUAACUCAAUCCUGAUAUGAAAAAGCAAUAAAUUUAGAUUUCCUGUUUUGGUUUUAAACUUCUGAAAAUUUAAAUGUUCUAUUCUUGUAAAACAGAAAAUUGGCCUAUUCUUUUCUCAACCCACCAUCUGCCACCUUUCGCAGAAGUUAUCUUGGCUGAGAGUGCCUGACUGGGGAAAGAGGUUAAUGCUACAUGAUGGCAUUACUUUGAGAGUUGAUUUUAAGGUGAAGGAGGUGGUGGUGGGGCGGGGGGAUGGGGAGUUCUCGUUUGUUUGUUUUUGCUGAUAGAUCACUCAGGUUCUAAACAGUCUUCCUAAGAUUCUCGGAGUAUUUUACUUUCGAGAAUUAUUUAGCAGCAUGUGUAAAAUAUAUGCAUUUAUGUUCCCCUCCUACAUUUCACCACGUUGACAUGGCUUUUUACUUCAGGAUGUCAUGGAAUUCCUAGAAGUCCAUUUAGUAAUGAGUUUAGCAUCCACUUUCUGAAACCACCCUCAACUGAGGCCAUAGGAAGAGUGAAGAUCCUUCAUGUUCUUGUUUGAUAUCUCAAAAAAUGGAGAGAAGCUCAGUUUAAAUUGCACAGUAGUGGAGAGGAAGCAAUUUAAACUGAGCUUCCGUUAUCUCCCAAAUUCAAACUUUCAAAAUGCUCUUGGUGGCUUAUAAAUGUCUGCUUUCUGCACAUGGCUUAAAUCUCCGUUAGGGUUGUAGUUUGAUAAUCUCUAACGAAGAAAAGCCUUUCCGAAUUGAAUCUCUCAAUGUGCACGCUGCUUUAGAACUAUACUUAUGUCUUUGCAGUCUGCAUUGAAGUGAGUAAAAGACACAGGAGAAGGUAAUGAAAGCCUUGGGGCACCCCUUUCUUGCAGAUGUAUUUAUGUUCAUGCAUUUUUCCUGUCCGGGGCAGAGUGAAAACAGCUGUGUGGUUGGCAUAUGUGUAUAGAGUUCGUUAAAUCUGCUUGAUCUAGAUUACGCUGUUAGCUAAUUUCUUUGGAAAAAGUGACAUGAGCACUCAUGCCUGUGUCUGUUAGAAAGCCGUAGCGAAAUUCCCAGAGUGGAUGCUAAUAAACUCUACAUUUUCAACU